AUGGCGAAUAACUCGUUUCGAGACUCUGUCAACUCGCUAGGAUGGUCGCGUAGAGAUCCGGAUCUUCCCGUGCGCACUGGCGCGUCAUCUAACACACCAUUCCUAUCAAGGCUACAAUCAUAUAAUCCCUUCGGUGAUGGUGGCUACGUUCAACUGCCCACUCACAAUGAUGGCCCUGGGGCCCCGUUACCAGCACCCAAUCGACGUGAAGAAGAGGAGGGUUUCUUUGCUUUGAGUCGGUGGGACCGUAUGCUCAUUUUCGGUGCAUGCAACUUGGGUGCUGCCGUCUGUUUCAUGAUCUGCUUCUUCCUCUUCCCCGUUUUAAGCCUCAAGCCCCGCAAAUUUGCCAUCCUAUGGUCUGUCGGUUCAGUCCUGUUUUUGCUAUCAUGGGCGGUCCUCAUGGGACCAUGGUCCUACGCUAAGCAUCUGACCUCGGGAGCACGGCUGCCAUUCACAGCGGCCUAUUUCGGAUCGAUCGCUCUUACACUCUAUUUUGCCAUCGGGCUCCAGAACUUCUUCCUCACUCUCAUUUCGUCCAUUUUCCAGCUCACGGCCCUGGUCUGGUACCUCGUGAGCUAUUUCCCCAUGGGCAGCACUGGGUUGCAGUACAUGGGCCGCUUCGUCAUUCUCGACUCGUUCGAUUCGGACUCGGACAUCGUUCACCUCGCACAGCAUGGUAGCCAGAACUAUAGAAAGUCUGGUGUCUUGGCUUUGCACCGCGUUCCCGCAGACUUGUUGGUCUCUGGGUAG